AUACUUGCUUGACAGCAGCUUUCUUGGUCGCGCUUCCUGAACACGUUGAUAAUAAAUUGCUGCCAUGACAACUAUCUUCCGUGGAACGAUAUUACAUACGAAGGCUUUCGAUGAGUUUGAGUCCUUUGAAAAUGGGUUCUUGGCCGUUUCUGAGGAUGGCAAGAUUAUCGGCGUGGGCAACGACUACGACUCUUGGCUGUCCAGUUACAAGUGCAACCCCUCGACGCUGUCCGAGGUGCGCCUGUCUGAGGAUCAGUUCUUGAUGCCAGGAUUUGUAGACUGCCACAUCCACGCACCGCAAUACGCACAGUAUGGUCUGGGACUGGACAUGCCACUGCUGGACUGGCUCAACACGUACACGUUCCCUCUGGAGGCGAAGUUCUCCGACCAGAGCUACGCCCUCAAAGUCUACAAGAGAGUUGUCGAAGCAACGAUACGCUGUGGAACCACUUUGGCCUCCUAUUUCGCCACCAACAACCUUGAAUCCACACUGAUAUUGGCACGGGAAGCUGCUCGCCAAGGCCAGCGGGCGCUUAUCGGCAAGGUGUGCUCUAAUUGCAAUAGUCCCGACUAUUAUGUUGAAACGGCGGAGGAGUCGGCAAAGGCGACUGAAAAAUUCGUUGCAGAGUUGCAGGGUCUCAAGAACCCUCUUGUGCUUCCAACUAUUACCCCGCGGUUUGCACUCAGCUGCAGUAAGGAGCUCUUGCAGGAGUUGGGCGACAUAGCAAAGCGUCUGGACGUCCAUGUUCAGAGUCACAUCAGUGAAAACCUUGCAGAAGUGCAGGUGGUGAAAGGCAUUUUUAAAACCAGCUAUGCUGGGGCCUACGACAACGCUGGCCUGCUAACCAAAAAGACCGUGAUGGCGCACGGUGUACAUCUCGAGGACGAGGAAAUUGCACUCCUGAAGCAACGCGGGACAUCCGUUGCCCACUGCCCCGCAUCGAAUACGAUGCUAAACUCCGGUAUGUGCGACGUUCAGCGCCUGAUCAAUGCCGGUGUAACUGUGGGACUGGGAACAGACGUGUCGGGUGGGAACUCGGUCUCCAUCCAGGAUGCCUUGCUUCGCGCCUUGGAUGUGUCCAAGCACUUGGACUUUUUUAAGAAACAGAACAUUCGCGGUACGGGCGAGGCCAAAAGUCCCGACCCGAAGUACGCCCAGCUGAAGUACAAGCAGGCACUCUACUUGGCCACACUUGGUGGCGCCAAGGCCCUCUCUCUCGACCACAUGACGGGCAACUUUUUGCUGGGAAAGGAAUUCGAUGCUCUUCUGGUGGAUGUCAGCGUCGUGGAGAAACCAGUGCGUCCGCUCAAUGUCAAUGAGCUAAUCGAGAAAUUCAUCUAUACUGGCAACGAUCGCAAUAUUAUAGAGGUCUUUGUGGCCGGCAAACGAGUCAAGGCACCCGAGUCAGCGUAGGGAAGUCGGAUAUAACAGUUACAUUUCACAAGGAAACGAACAUAGAGAAUUUAUUAUCUUGCGGACAUAAUCGUAAAUGCUGAAGUGAGACUUUCGUUUCACUUAUAAAUAACAUUAUCUAUAUAUA